AAGUGUUGCACGUGCACUUUACUGACUGAGUACAAAAAGUGGAAUUCGACUUUAAACGGACAUUUUGAAACGUAUUGCAAACAAACAGAACAUGGUUAAGUUUUUUUUUUAAACAACUCCUGUACACUCCCAACAGAGAAACACUACCCUUCCUGAACUAAAACAAAGCACUAAGAUUUAACACUUGAGCAGUCGAUUUAAGAAGUCCUCGUUUCUUCACUACUACGGCUGUCUCCAAAAAUACGUAGAAUACUUGAUUAUAAUUUGCUGCAUUUGGUUUAUUUUUUUAAUAGAUCUUUUCAAUGUUAGCGUUUUUAUGUUUACUAAAAGAUUGUAUAGGCAUUGAUGACCAUUUUGUUACUGUAUGCAAUUUCCAUGCCUGUUCAUUUUACUAUUUCUUUCAGAUCAUACCAUCUAUUUAUUUUAAACGAACGCACUGAAACAGAAUAAAAUUUUCAAGUUAAUAAAACACAUUUUCAUAUUUUUUUUGUUCACAUUGUUUAGAAUACAUUUGAGUUAAAAUACAUGUUUCAGCCUACAUCACCAGCAGUUCAAUGUAUAGUUUGGCAUUCACGUGCAUGUUUCACGACUAUUCAGACACCUACAAUACAUAUUUGCAUAUUUACAUAUAUUUUUGCAUGCUCUGUUUUCACUCCCGCACCAGUUACCUAGGGUUAUUGAUGGCAUCUUUCACUUAAAUUGAAUAUCAAGUAGAUCUAAAGUUUUUUUUUUUUUUCAACGGUGCUGAGCCAAAAAUACUAAUAAGUGAAGUUAAACCCAGAUCACAAGUAACCUACAAGGGUGUUAGUGAGAUGUGCUGCUAUCCUCCAAGCCUCCCUGGUGUUAACUGUCUCCCACCACCCAACUGGAACAACGGUGCCCGGCAUGCUUCGCUUGCAGCAGGACUCAUAACCAUGAAGCAAACCAGAUGCCUGGCAUUUGAGGCCACAUUCAUCAUGAACGUGUCUGCUGCUGGCCUUUCUGUGAUGAUGCUGUAUGGGGUUCUGGUCUCGGUGCGCUCCAACAUUUGUGCUCAGGAGGUACAGAUUUACAUCUGUCAAGAGAUCCCACAAAGUUACCCUGUUGGCCUGGCCUCUCUGGUGCUCUUUGUAAGUAAUGUUGGAGCAAUCAACCAUACUGUGUUCAGUAGUGACAACCUGGCCUCAGUCACCCGUCUCACCAUCAACAACGCUGGUAUCACCAACAUCUCAUCCAGAGCUCUCUGGUUCUUCUGUGACCUCAAAACCCUCAGCCUGGACCGCAACAACAUCUCCCAGCUCAACCCAGACUGGUUCAGCCAACCAGCCAUCCUCCAAAACCUCACCCUAAUUCAGAACCAUAUUGAGGUUGUAGAGGACUCCAUGCUUAGUGGGUUAACUGGUCUAAUUAGCCUAAACCUGACCAGGAAUAUGAUCCAGAGCAUUGCUCCUGGUAGUUUUAGCACCCAGUCCCAUCUGGCCAGUUUGGACCUGUCUGGUAAUAGGAUCGUAACCAUCAGUCCUGGUAGUUUCAGUGGACUCACUGGCCUAACUAGUCUCAACUUGGCCAGUAAUAGGAUCAAGAGCAUCAGUCCUGGCUGUUUUAGCGCUCUGACCAGUCUGGCCUACUUGGAUCUGUCUGGUAACAGGCUGACUAGGGUUAACCCCCAGGAUCUGCUCCCACUCUCCCCCUCCACACAUAUCAGGCUGGAUGGCAACCCCUGGGACUGCUCCUGUGGAGUGGAGGACUUUGUCAUCUUCCUCAGAGGUCUGCAGAAUGCCUCUCUGCUGGAGAGGGAGAUGGAAGUGACGUGUGCCAGCCCAUCAGCCCUGAGAGGCCAGCCUGUGUGGAACGUGUCCAAGUGUUUGAUACCUAACCCACAGCCUCAGGAGGAUACCCACAUACGGCCCCCAGCCAUGUCCAUCACUGUCUCCACACUCAUAGCAGUGAUCGUGGUGCUGUGUAUCCUGAUCUGUGGGGUCUGUGCCCUGGCUGUAGUCUGGAGGAGGAAACGUGAGACCAAACAGGUGAAGCCCAGUCUGGAGACAAAACGGGAGGAGGAAGCCGCAGAGCAGCCAGACAGUUCCACCCUCCACCGACAGGUGGCUUCUUCAAUGUCUGUCUGGGAUCCAGAGCUUGCUGUGAGGACUUACAGAUCUGGAGUCAGAGCCAAGUCUGCUGAUGCUGUCCUCUCCACGUCCCAGUUCUGCAGAGCAGAGAGAGAAGCACACAGGGUGGUGGUGGAGACUGAGCGAGAACUAUACAGGACGGAAAGUGUGAGAGAGAGCCCGUUAAAAGAGAUGAGGAACUCCGAGGAAGAGAACAGCAAAGAGCCAGGAGAUAAUGAGUCCCAGGGGGUAGAUAGAAACCUGACAGGAAAAGAUGAUAUUAAGGGUGAAGUGAGUCAGGAAAAGGACAGAGAUGAGAGAGAUGAUGAUGGAACUGUGAAUCUGCAAGAUGGCGGCCAAAACAUAAUAUGUGUAUCCCAGGAUUCGGAGACCAUACCGUACCUGACCAUCGGUGCUGACCCGGCCGAAACAAACCUUGAACGCCAAAAAGGUCCAAGUCCACAGAAAGUCAUGACAAGGAUUUCCACUUGGCCCCCCACCUCAGCUCAGUGGCAGACCCACUUCGCCAUACAGAGAGAGGGGCUCUAUGUCUUCCCUGAGAAUGACCCUGGCCAAGAGGUCGAAGGUGAAACAGAGAACCAAUCACCUGACCAAGAGUUCGAACAGAUCCAGUCACCUGACCCCGGGGAAACCGAGAACCAAUCACCUGACCUUGAGCAAGAGUUUAAAGAUGACACAGAUAAUCGUUCAGCUGAUGUUUCUGUCAGUGUUCUGGAGUCUUCACCCCCAGAAGGGGUGAUGGGUGAGGUCAAUGCUGAGGAGAACUGCAGCACACCACCAGACUUAGAGACAUCCUCUCCAGAGUAUGAUCCAGAACCUCUUACUGAGAUAAGCGAGACCCUGUCAGACCUGGUCAACACUUCCCUGUCUAGUAAUGUCCUGACCCAGACUGAGACCAAUCCUGGUCAAGAAAAUCCUGAAGAAUUGGAUAACAAACCCACACAAAUUAUAAACAGGGCUGUACAGAGUGAAGGCAAAUCAAACCGAAAGGGGGUGCCAAAGAGAGCAGGCAGGAGCAGAGAGAGUAGUGGAGCUCCCCCUAGUGGUGUCUCCCCCAGUGACGACAACCUGCUACUGGAUAAUGAAUACGCCUAUAUUGACUUGCUGCACGAGGUGGUUCAGAACCAGGGCCGAUGGACCAGAGAGAGGUGGAAACAGACUCACCUCAACAAAGCAGCAAGCAAGCACCAGGGACAUUAAACUACAGACUGGCUUUUAUGAUCUGGUGUUGUCUUGUGUUUUUACUUGUCCUGUCUAUUGGUGUAUGUAAUAGUCUGUAGUGUUUUGAAAAGUGCUAUACAUAAUAAAAUGUAUAAUUAAC